AUGUUCUUCACAGCUUUGGAAGCGAAGGUGGAUUCUCGCGAAUUAGACGAAUGUAGGGAGGUUUCUAAAACAGCGAGAAGAAGCGGGAAUCCAAAUUUUACUUGCUGUCAUUUGAAAAGCGUGCCGUACGUUUCGGAACCAUUCAAAGGGCCACCUAAAAUUACACGAAGAGCACUCGAAGAACUAAUUGUUAAAAUGAAGUGGCUUAAACAAAGCAGAGAACAAGAAUGCCUUCAAGCACAAAUGGUAGCAGAAAGUGCAAGCGCGCCGCUGAUUGUCGAGUUUUGCAACAAAAACGAAACUUCAAACAGAUUUCGCCACUUCUCAGUAUAUGUAGGAGAAGUACACCAUUAUUCCCGAUUUAAAAGAGUGGUAGUGUCGUUCGAUAUUACUUUAAAUAAAUGGUCUUGCGGUUGCUGCCGUUUGAAGGUCACCUGCGUCCAUAAAGCUAUCGGAAAGUGGUAUCUAUAUCAGGUGAGACCAGAUGAUUUGUCCAAUGACAGUACACCACAAGAAUCAGAAACCGCGGCAAUAAACGACUACGGAAACGAUGUCAGUGAAAGUGAAUCGGUAGAUAAUCCAGCCGAAGAAGAGACUCUUUUUGUAAACGUUGGAGAGUACCCCCCAAACGAUUUACAGCUAACCAGAAUGGUAGAAUACAUAUAUUCAGCGAAGAAAAUUCCGCCAUCUCUACCACGAUCAUUGACACAUGAUGCUGAUGUUCUGUCCUUUCCACGUGUUCUGGUACCAAUAGAAGAAACGUGCUGCAAUUGCGAAGGUAUUGCCCUUAGCAAAGAGAAAUUGAUUACACGGAAAGGAAAGAUAUUUACUUUAACCAAAGUUAUUGAAGAUGUUGAACUAUGUUACAAAUCAUGUCCACAAUGUGGACUGAUAUACCGAUAUCAGGAGUAUACGGAUGGGCUUCAUAACUUUGACGAUUACCAUUGCUUUAGUCUAAGCUUCCUGUUGCUGUUACGAGCAUUUGUCGAGGAGCAUACAGCAUUAGGAAGAGUCGCAUCAGCAGUUGGUAGCACUGCCGGAGUGAAACUUAAUCAAACCGUUGUGCGAAAUGCUUACUAUCACUUCGAAGCUCUUACUGAACACAUAUACGAUUUUACAUGUGUGCUCUGCGGAAAUCACCCUCCACAUCUAAACUGGGAUCUCUGCAAGAAAGGGUGUUUUCUCAAUCGCACGUAA